GAAGAAGAAGAAGAAGUCGUGGGAGCAUCAUCAUCAUCAUCAUCAUCCAUCUUCUGGUAGAGAGCACCAGAGCAGCAGCCAUCUAACACCGACUAGAGAAGAGACACAUCCGCCAUCAUGGGAGCCGUUCUGGGACUGUGCUCCAUGGCGAGCUGGAUCCCGUGCCUGUGCGGCAGCGCCCCCUGCCUGCUGUGUCGGUGCUGCCCCAGUGGGAAUAACUCCACAGUGACCCGCCUCAUCUACGCCUUCUUCCUGCUGCUGGGAGUCGGUGUAGCCUGUAUUAUGUUGAUGCCCGGCAUGGAGGGGCACCUCAAGAAGAUCCCAGGUUUCUGUGAAGGAGGGAGAGGUUCGUCUAUUCCCGGCGUGGAGGGUCACGUGAACUGCGACGUGCUGGUCGGCUACAAGGCCGUGUACCGCAUCUGCUUCGGCAUGGCCAUGUUCUACCUGCUCUUCUCUCUGCUCAUGAUCAAAGUCAAGAGCAGCCAGGACCCCCGAGCUUCGCUGCACAACGGGUUUUGGUUCUUUAAGUUUGCUGCAGCUGCUGCCAUCACUAUUGGAUCAUUCUUCAUCUCAGAAGGUCCCUUCACUAUUGUGUGGUUCUAUAUCGGCAUGGCUGGAGCCUUCUGCUUCAUCCUCAUCCAGCUGGUUUUACUCAUCGACUUUGCCCAUUCCUGGAAUGAGUCCUGGGUGGAGAAGAUGGAGGAGGGCAACUCUCGCUGCUGGUAUGCAGCUCUGCUCUCGGUCACCACGAUCAACUACUUGUUGUCUCUGGUGUCUCUGAUCAUGUUCUACGUCUACUACACCCACUCCGACGGUUGCACCGAAAACAAGGUCUUCAUCAGCAUCAACAUGCUGCUCUGCGUCGGCGCCUCCGUCCUCUCCAUCCUGCCUCAGAUCCAGGAGUCCCAGCCCCGGUCUGGCCUGCUGCAGUCCUCCCUGGUCACCCUGUACACCAUGUAUCUGACCUGGUCUGCCAUGACCAAUGAGCCUGACAGGAAAUGUAACCCGAGCCUUCUGGGUAUUAUCGGGCUGAACAGCACCAGUCCUGCAGGUCAGGACCAUGUGGUUCAGUGGUGGGAUGCCCAAGGGAUUGUGGGAUUGAUCCUUUUCCUCAUGUGUGUCCUCUACUCCAGUAUCCGUAACUCGUCCAACGCCCAGGUGAACAAGCUGACUCUGACCAGCGACGAGUCGGCUCUGAUCGAGGACGGGCCUCAGGCCGACGGCUUCGAGGAGGGCGGCGGCACCAACAGGGCUGUGGACAACGAGAAGGACGGCGUCACCUACUCCUACUCUUUCUUCCACUUCAUGCUGUUCCUGGCAUCGCUCUACAUCAUGAUGACGCUCACCAACUGGUACAGCCCCGACUCCAACUACGAGGCCAUGACCAGCAAGUGGCCGUCGGUGUGGGUGAAGAUCUCCUCCAGCUGGAUCUGCAUCGCCCUCUAUGUGUGGACUCUGGUGGCUCCGCUGGUCCUGGUCAACAGAGACUUUGACUGAAACACACACACACACACACACUCACUCACUGUCCCACUGCUCGUACACACAUCCAUGCUCCGCUUCAUCCAUGUUUUGUUUCAGCAAAGUCGGUAGAACAGUAGGUAGCUAACCCUGCAUCAGUUCCAGCCAGAGGGGCCGGGGCUGUUUCAGGACUGUUCAGUUUGGAAGCUGCGGCUUGUCUCAUGUGGUUGCAGCUUCCUCACUGCGGGGCUGAUGAUUGUCCUGUCCCAGCUCUGACUGCAGCCCGGCUCCUCUGCUCUAAUCUCAUUGUGAAUCCUCAGCAGCCCGUUGUAGUGGUUUCGCCAUGCUGUUGCCAUUGUAAAUAUAUCCGGUGUAUUCCUAGUGGAUGAUUUAGUUUUCUUUCUCUAAAAACAGAGCUGCAUGCUUUUUCCUUUAAAGCCUGACGUGACAUGAACAGUAGCUGUAUCUGAAGCUUUUUUAUGAGGAUGAUGAUGGCCGCCCUCAUUGACGGUGUGCAGCAACAGUUGACUGCAGUAUUACAUAUGGAAAUGCUGUUACAUGUUAAUUAAUUGCUUAGCUUGUGCUAAUGUCAGAUGGCUUCAGUUGUGUAUGAGCAGGACUCCAGCUGUGGCCCUGAGAGACGAGAGCAGCUCAUUGUGGUUCACUAACUCGUACCCAUCUCCAGGCAUGAGCAGUGCUGUGUAGCGUUGUGUGUGUGUGUGUGGUAUUCUAGCCAUCCGCUAUCGUGUGUUGAAGCUCUCCCAGCUGUGUGUCCUCUGCAGCUUGCACAUACACAACAAAGGCAUUCCUGUUUUUGUUGCUUCCGAUUUGAUUUUGACUUUAAAUGUAAAAUUGAAAUUGAUUGUUUGAAAACCUCUAGAUAACUUAUUUGGUAGUGUUUAGCAUUAGCAUGUAGUUUCUCACACACGUUGUGUGUAUACAUUUGUAUGAUUGUCUCAUCUGUGUUUUUAUCCUAAUAGGAUUUUUCUCUCGACAUGUAAAAGUAUGUUGUAACUCGUUUAAUAAAACGGAGGAAAAAGAGGUCAA